CGAGGAAGUGGCGGCGGCGGCGGCGGCGGCUCCGCCUCCUGCGCAGCACCCGGCGGCUCUCAGUGCGCAGGCACGGGUCGCGCCGAGCUCGCCGGGUGUCCAUAAUACGUGGCGUCUGAGGCUGGAGCGACGCACAGGCGAGAGAUGGGAGCCGCGCGAGAGAUCUGCGGCUAACCCAGCUGCAUUUGCUCGCCCGGCAAGGAAGGUGGAGGAGAAGGCGGAUCAGGGGAGAAGGAUGAGUGCUUAUGCUGACAUCUGUGCAUCCAAGCAGGCGCAGCAGGGUACCCCGGAAGGAGGUUACCAGCGCUAUGGAGUUCGCUCUUACCUGCAUCAGUUUUAUGAGGACUGCACAGCAUCCAUUUGGGAGUAUGAUGAUGAUUUUCAGAUCCAGAGAUCACCAAGCAGGUGGAGCUCUGCAUUCUGGAAGGUCGGACUCAUCUCAGGGACGGUGUUUAUGCUGACAGGGAUCAUCGUUCUCGUCGUAGGUUUUCUUGUGACGCCCAAAAUUGAAGCCCUGGGAGUAGAAGAUUUUGUGGUGGUGGAUACACGUGCAGUGCAGUUCAACAGAGCCCUUGACAUAUGCAAGUUGGCUGGAGCAAUAUUGUUCUGCAUCGGAGGAACCACAAUGGCGGCCUGCUUGCUGAUGUCUGCGUUUGCUAAAAGCUACUCCAAAGAAGAAAGGUACCUGCAGCAGAAAUUUAAAGAGAGAAUUGCAGACAUCAGAGCCCAUGCACACCCCAUCACCAAAGCCCCGGCGCCUGGAGAAUCCAAAAUACCCGUCACGUUGUCCAAAGUUCAAAAUGUCCAGCCGUUAUCUGAAACCUGAUGUUUGUUUUCUCUUUCCAAACAUACCCAUCUUGUGAAUUUGAAAAGGUCAACUUUGGCCUGUGUAUGAAUCUGUGUUUCCCAUGCAGUGUAACUGCACUCUGCAGCCAGUGGGGAAAGGAGCAGAUUGGGAAGGAGGUAGAAAUGGCUUGAAGGGGAUGGUUCAGCCAUCAGUGGCUUGAACAAAGCAUUAAUGUAUGAGUUGUUCUCUUAUUUUUAAUAGUUGCAUUGAACCCUUGCAAAGCACCAUUUGAUUGCCCUUCCCUUGAAAUUUGUCACCCAUUUCGUGCUGCUUCCAGUUAACUGACAUGUUCAUACCUGUUUUAUUGUGGACGGCUUCAAGUUAUGUUCUCUUGGCUCUAUAGCCAAGGUCCAACAAAACGAUAUCCGUGCACGUUGGAGAGAACCAUCAUGCAGACCAUGGGAGCAGCUUUCUCAUUUCCUCCACGUGUGCUUGUACUACUGGGGAAGAAAGUUGUCUUGCAAACCAAAAGACAGCUUUUCUCUUCAGCAGCAUGAGCUGCUGUGGUGGGAACAUAAUGGGAACCUGUCAAUGCCCUCACCUGAUCAUUCAUUUGUUUUUAAACAGAAAUGACAGAUCAUUAACGAGAUAUUCCAUAUUUUCCCAGUCCUGUUAUAGAAGAGUUAUAAUAAGCCCUUCUUUGUAAAGAAAUCCAUCCAUUACUGUCAUCUGAAGAGCAGCCUUUAGAGUCUACCAGUGAAAUCCUAAGCACGUUUACUAAGAUGGAGGUUCCACUGAGUAGGACUUUUUUCCAUGUAAGUGUCUACCAAAUUGCAGUCACUAGAAUUCCAUGCAUUCUUGUAGCAACCUGCAUGGCAGCAGUGGCGUAGCGUGGGUUGUCUGCACCCGGGGCAAGGCAAGUAUUUUGCGCCCCCUAACCCGUGGAUUUGCGCCCCCUAACCCGUGGAUUUGUGCCCCCUAACCCUAACCCCCAGAUGUUGCACCCGGUGCGGCCGGCCCCCCCUGCACCCCCCACGCUACGCCACUGCAUGGCAGAAGGUAUGGUUCCCUAACCAUCAGAAAGAGGCACUUCUCAGUAUUAUGAUUGAAAAAUAUCCUGUUGUGAGCUGAGCCCCAAAUUUAACGCCUUCUGUUUCUGGGAAGUGCAAUUUUGAAAGCUGUCAUUUAUAAAAAGAAGAAGAAAACUUUUGUGUGGAAGUGUAUACCAAGUUAACCCACCUGCAGGUCUGGUCUCAAGUUUUCAGUAGGAAAAGAAAUGUAACUGAGGCUGUUUUUCCGUACAGCGUGUGCAUUUCACAUUGGUACGAGAUAAGAACAGUAAAAGCCCAGUUCUGUGCUUCAUGCACUGUGCACUGUGUUGUGUACACAGAGCUCUUGAAGUGUACACAGAGCUCCUGAGCACAUAAAGAAGGACCUUUUACAUCAAUGGUAGGAGCAAAUGUACACACACAAAGGAAUACAUGUGUAGAUCUGCUCCCUUUGUUGAAAAGGGCAUCAAAGCCCCUAUGCCUGCAGCAAAUUUCUGGACUGGGGAAGCCACGGGACAAGUUCCUCCAUGUUGUUGCCUAACUUCCAUGAAUUCCAAUAGGAUUUGUGCAGGAACAUUUCCUGGUGAAUCAUGCAUAUUUUUUAAAACUAAGAGAUUCUUCAUUCCUUAAAUCUGAUUGCCUGAAAGAAACUAUUAAAUGUGAUGCUUCUAUUUUUCUAGAUAAUAGAAAGAGCUUAUCCUUAAUCAUAGUACAGUUGUGUUGACGCUUACCUACAGAUUUGUCCUUUCCACUAAAGAUAUAAAUCAUCUUUGUCUCUCUCUGUCUGUCUCUCUUGCUAUAAAAUUCUCUUCCUUUUAUUCUAUGGAUCUAAAACAAGACUAUGUAAAGAGAUGUGACCUUUAUAUUCUUUGACAAUAUGUGCCCACCUUAUAGUUCUGUCUAUUUUUUUCAAUGGAUUAAAUAAAAAUAUGAAGAACUGGU